CGCCAGGAGGGCGGGGCCGGGGCCGGGGCGCGCGCCGCUCCUCUGCAAGCGGGCGGGUGGCGUUCGGUCUGAGGGAGCGGGGCGGUCUCCGCCGGCGUCGCGCGCGCUGUGUGUGAGCGGGGUCGCGCGCGCGCGCGGCAGGCGAGUGAGGGAACGAGGAGCGGCCGGGUGUGAGUGUGUGGGAGUGAGAGUGUGUGGGAGUGGGGUGAGGGAGAGGCUGACGGGACGCGAGGCUGUGAGAAACUGGGUGAGUGUGCGAGGACGCCCGGCCAGCCUGCGGGAGCCGCGGUCGGCGGAGGAGAAAGGAGGCGGCUCCCGGUAUCCCGACCCCCUCCCCCUCCUCUCCUUCCCCCACUUCCAGCCGCCCGGCGGUCCGCGCUUCCUCGAAGGCCCCAGCCCGGCUCAGUCGGCCGAGAGCGAGGGAGGAGCCCCCCGAACCAGGUGCUGGAGUCUGCUUGUCAGGGAGGGGGGCAGUCUGUGAUUCUGAGAACAGAGCCAAGAAGGGAAACAGCAAAUUCAGUCACAUACAAUCCUCCACUCGGUCAAGAGCCACUUUUCUCUUCCUGCCUUGCCCCCCGCAGGGGGUAAGGAACUGAGCGUUUAACCUUUAGCCGGUUGGCUACCAGCUAAAAUUCUACUUAUCUUAGUUUCUAGUGGAUAGCUUUCUUAUUUUGCCCAUGUUUUCUUAGAAUCCCUGUUUAAUAUACUUUUGUCAGUAGUAGUAUCUAGGAGUAGCAGGGAGAGUGACAAUAAAUUUAGCCCCUUCUUUUUUCCCUUGUCAUUCAGGCCCCUUUUCCUCUCCAGAGGGAAAUUACCAGUAAACUCUUCUAAAUCUUCCACCCCUUCUCAGUCAUACUGUGAAGAAACACACUAAAGUGGACAUUAUUUGACCAGUGAACACGAACCCAGCUUCAGGCAUUGGUUUGUUGUGGCACAUGGAGAAACAUCUCUUUUAAAAUAUCUACCAAUUACGCUUUUCACAAUUUGUAUCCACCUAGGAUUUGCUGCUGGGGUAAGUCACUAGAUUUAUUUCUCAAAGCUCCCCUCUCUAUGAGCUGAAAGACUGACCAACCAUGAACACUAGUAGGGGAUGGGGAAAGGGGACAGAGCAGAGCCAGUUGUUCCACACUUUGGGAAGCAGGAGUAGCUUUUAUCAUCUUCCUCUGGGGAGCAGGCAUAGAGACAUAAACUGAGUGAAAAUGGGUGGAGGAAGAACUUCUAUACCCACGAACAACAUGUGAAGAGAGAGAACCAAACAUAAAGUAAGGAGGGUAGACAUUACAUCCAAGAGGAAAUAAUCCAGGCAAGGAAGCACAAGCUGAUCAAGAUGUGUAGUUCUGUGGCUGCCAAGUUGUGGUUUUUGACAGAUCGUCGCAUCAGGGAAGACUAUCCUCAAAAAGAGAUUUUACGAGCAUUGAAGGCCAAAUGUUGUGAGGAGGAACUGGACUUUAGGGCUGUGGUGAUGGAUGAGGUGGUGCUGACAAUCGAGCAAGGAAACCUGGGUCUGCGGAUCAAUGGAGAGCUAAUCACUGCCUACCCACAAGUGGUGGUAGUCAGAGUACCAACCCCUUGGGUGCAAAGUGAUAGUGACAUCACUGUUUUGCGCCAUCUAGAGAAGAUGGGAUGUCGGUUAAUGAACCGACCUCAAGCCAUCCUGAACUGCGUUAAUAAGUUCUGGACAUUUCAAGAGUUGGCUGGCCAUGGUGUUCCUCUGCCGGAUACUUUCUCUUAUGGUGGCCACGAAAAUUUUGCUAAAAUGAUUGAUGAAGCUGAAGUACUGGAGUUCCCAAUGGUAGUAAAGAAUACGCGGGGUCAUAGAGGUAAGGCUGUUUUCUUGGCUCGAGAUAAGCACCAUUUGGCUGAUCUAAGCCAUCUUAUUCGCCAUGAAGCGCCAUACCUGUUCCAGAAGUAUGUUAAAGAGUCUCACGGACGGGAUGUACGUGUCAUUGUCGUGGGAGGCCGUGUGGUUGGCACCAUGUUACGUUGUUCAACAGAUGGGAGAAUGCAAAGCAACUGCUCAUUAGGUGGUGUGGGGAUGAUGUGCUCAUUGAGUGAACAAGGGAAGCAGCUAGCUAUCCAGGUGUCUAAUAUCCUGGGGAUGGAUGUGUGUGGCAUUGACCUGUUGAUGAAAGAUGACGGCUCCUUCUGCGUCUGUGAGGCCAAUGCAAAUGUAGGUUUCAUCGCCUUUGAUAAGGCUUGUAAUCUAGAUGUAGCUGGUAUCAUAGCAGACUAUGCCGCCUCCCUUCUACCCUCUGGCCGGCUCACCCGGCGUAUGUCCCUGCUCUCCGUGGUGUCCACUGCCAGUGAGACUAGUGAGCCGGAGCUGGGUCCCCCAGCCAGCACUGCUGUUGACAACAUGAGUGCAAGUUCCAGCUCUGUUGACAGCGACCCUGAAAGCACGGAGCGAGAGCUGCUCACCAAGCUCCCAGGGGGCCUGUUCAACAUGAACCAGCUGCUAGCCAAUGAAAUCAAACUACUGGUGGACUGACUCCACUGGUAAUUAACCAACAAAACCCUUGUAAAACUUUCUUUCUUUUUUCUUUUCUAUUUUUAAAACCAACUUGCAAUGCUGUUCAUGGAGGAUGCUCAGGAAGAUAAGAGAAAAUUAGUAGGAUUAGUUGGAGAGAGUGGGAGAUAGAUGAGAUCUCUGCUAGUAAGAUGUUACUUUCAUUUACAAAUCCUACAAAUAGAGAGGCAGAAUAGGUGGGGUAUAGAAAAAUGUCAGGCUCUCAUAGUUACCCUUUUAAAUUGCUAAAAAAUGUGUAUGCUCAUAGGCCAUGAGGAACAAAUACUUUUUUUUUUCAUGGUCCCUUGCUUUUGUUUUUGUACAAAAAAAAAUGGUUUUGCUACAAAUAUCCAAGUAGCAUAACUUCACAUUGUGUUGGAAGAUUUGUCAUCAGUGAGGAAAACAUCUGCUUAAAUUACAGGAAUUUUUGUAUUAGACAGCUCUGAAAAUUCUGCCAUUUCCUUAUUAACUAGCAGCUUUAGUUUGUAGUUUAUGAAAUCUUGAGGGGCACUUUUACUGGGAUUUUUUUUUUGUUUUUUCCCGCUUAAUUUGGUGGGAGGGUCAAAUUGAAUAUAACCCAAUAAAGGCUUCUUAAUGACAAAAUUGGCAUGUUUGCAUGGUGAAAUGGAAAUGAACAGUAUUGCAAUGUCCGGUAUACAAAAUAACAUUUAUUCAAUGUAGAUAAAAUUACACUAGUUUAAAAUAUGUGCAUUGACUUGUAUUUGUUAGUGUUUUAGUCUUUUUUGAAAGAUGUGCUCUGUUAAUGUUGCUUUUUUUUUUCUUUAAUACAUGCUAGUCUAACAUUUCCUGCUUUAUGCCUGCAUCUUUAACAAUGGCCAAAGUGAAGAAAAUGCUACCUUUUUUGUUAACAAGACACUGACUUGAAACAUGUACAUUUAAAGCCUUUUAUUUUUUCCCUUUUUGUUUUGGUGGUUGGGCAUUUAAAUAAGGACAAGGAAAAAUAUUUUUGGGGGCAAAUCAAGAGCCUAUGAGUUCUAAGUAUAAAGUAUAAAGCUGAAGUGAUUUCGAAUGCCAGCGUUAUAUAUUUGCAUUUUUCACAUUUUACGAGGGAGUAUAUGUGUAUGUGUGUGCACGCAUGCAUGUGUAUGUGUUUUGCUUUUUGUUUACAUCAACUAAUCAAAAAGGAUAAUUUAGAAAAUGGAGCAUGAUGGGAAACAGAGUUUUUGACUUUAAAAAACAGAUGAGUUGUUUUCAUAAGUAGACUCCACUGGGGUAGAGAUAUUCACCUUAAAACAUAGGGUGAAUAGAUGCUUUUUUAGGCCUUUUUGUGUAUAUGUACGUUGUUUGUUUUUUGCCUUUUGUUUCUAGCCUGUUCAGUGUACAGUUUAUUCAAGGCUACAUGCUUUUCUUUAAUGCUUCUGGCUAUGCAUUUUCUCUUUUUACAUAUAGGAUUUGGGAUUGGGGGUGGGUUGGAUGUUUUUGUUCGGGGACUUAUUUAGUAGUAUUGAGUCUCUUAUAGCCCUACUCUUAAGCCUUCAAUACUGUCCACUCUUUAUAUUCCUUUACUUGCAGAAUUUAUAAAAGCCCCCAAACUGCAUAUAAUAUGAGCCUUUAAAACAUGGGUAAAACUAAUCCCAUUGAUGGGUUUGGAUGGUAUGUUAAGAAAUGGAGAUGCUGCAGAGCCCAACGUAAUUUUUUAAACAGCAAGUUUUCCAUCUCCCUACAAAUCCUCUGAAGCUUUUACCCAAGCCCUUUCUUGCCUCUCCAGUGCUAUUUUCCUUCAGAUGGACCUUAAACAUAAUUUCUUGGACACUACUAGAGAGACUUCGAGGCAAUAAUAAAAGAUCAGUAUUAACCAGCUAUAACAGAGGUUUGAUCAUGCUUACUUGUACAGUUUUUCCCCCGUUUUAAAAAGGAAUGUAAUAAAAUUUGUUUUUUCCAUAGAAUUAAAUAAUAUUAAAAUUGAGUGAAAGGUUGAUUGUUGAUGAAUAGAAUAGUACCUCUCAUCUGUGCAGUGUCUCAUUUCACCUCAGAGAAAAGGAUACAUAAGAGGAGUUUGUAAUUAAUCUUAGGAUAUUCUAAUUGCAUUUAAAAGAACUUAUCUUGCACAGGGUAAAUGGGGGACUCACAUACAUAUAUUAAUACCUCUGACUCAUUAACAGAAAGAAAUACUUGGUACUUCUUUCGCUGAAUGACCAUACUGUGGAGGAUGCAUACUAUUUGGUAUAGAGAAAUAAAUGAGGAAGAAAGACUGCUUAAUUAAAUUAUCAUUCAUAUGUUCAUAUAGAGACCAUCUGGUUGCCAUGUGUAUUAUGACACAUACACUUUGAAUAGUUACAUAUCACAAGUAUGUAGUUCAUGUUUGUGUUGGUGGGGUAAGGCAUCAGGAAAAAUGUAGUUAGUCUUUUCUUAACUUAUACCAAAUUAACCAACUAUAUUAUAGGAAAUAUGUGAAAUUAGUUCAUUAGCUUUAAUCACUGUUAUGCAUUCACAUGAUAUUAAAACGUACACUCACAUGUUAGAAUGAAAAGAGCAGUACUUAUCUUAGAUUUUAAAAACAUGGAUAUCUUCUUGAAUUCCUUCAAGAUUGAGGUAGAGAAUAAGAGCAAAUCAUUUUGGAAGUACCCUAAGGAAACAGCAGCAGAUAUUUAGGUUAAAUUUAUUUUCAUAAUUGUUUAAUAACUUUUGUAUAAUCUUCAUUGCUAUUAUGAGAGAGAAAAUAUAUAUCAAAUAUGUGUAAUGAUAAAAUCUGAAUUGUAAAAUUUUUGUAUAUUAAAAUUGUAAUUCUAAAUUGUAUUUCAAAAAUAAUUAUUUCUGAUAUUGUUUUUAUGUCACCCAUGAUGAAAACUGGACUUUAUAUAAGUAUGAACUGUUCUAUUUAAAAUUUUUAAUAGUUUUUUCCUUUUUUGGUGCCUAUAAUUGAUUGGUCAUUUCUGCUGGCUUUUCUCCAAUGAACAUUGAAAUCUUUCUGUAUAUGUUACCAAUAAGAAAACUACCCUGGAACAGUAGAAAAACCCAACAAGAGACUUGGCAUUCAUCCAGCACAUUAUCAGACUUUGAGAAGAUAUUGAAGGCAUUGACUUUGAAAAUCAUCUCUUUUUCUCAAGAAGAAAGCAAUGGAGAAGCAAAUUUGCUUCAUUCAGUGAAUCCCCAGUUUGGGGCUUGUGGGGCUUAGAGACAUUGUGAAAUCAAAUCUUGUGUUAUACUUUUCUCCUGGCUCACUUUUUUUGAGAAGGUUUAUGGGCUAUUUGGCUGGUGAGACACGAUCCCCUCCUAAGAAAAUGUAGGUGCUCAGACAGGUAACCACUGCUGCUACUGUUUUUAUUUGUUUGUUUGUUCAGUUUUAUUUAAGAUUUGUUUUUGUUGUACUAGGAUUUUAAAAAAUGUAAUAUAUUGCAGGAUUUAUAACCAGGUUCACUGACUGCUUGCUUGCUUUCUUUUUUUUUUUUUUUUUUCUUCUUAAAAAAACAAAACAAAGUUUCAUUUAAAAUACAUUUAGGCACCUUUGGAGCUUGGAUUUUGGAAUGUUUCAGUAGUGGACAGAAAUCUGCUGUUGGAAUCUUCUAGUCUUCCAGGUUUAAUUUGAAAUGUUUUUAGUUUUGUUUUGGAUUUUUGUGUGGUAUUUUAUUUCCUUUAUACCAAUGCCAUUUUGCCAUGCUGUUUUGGGGUGGCUACCUAACUCUAGUGAAAAUUCUUUCUAUAUUAAUGAAAGUUUGGCCUUUGAAGAUCCUUAAUGUUUUGCAUUUUUUACAUUGUUUUUAAAGAAAUAUUCUAACUGCUUGCACUGUUACUGUUCUUUACCAGCCUUUUCAGGAGCCAAAAAAACAAAUACAAACAAACAAAAAAAUACCCAGAGAAAAAACUUUCCUUCUUCCCCCUUCCUGAUGAUGAGUGAGAAGUAUUGAGAACUUUCGGGGUCAGUGCCCUUCUAAACUCCCCUUCCCCCAAUAAUGCAGCUGUAUAAUGAAUGGUAAAUGCACCGGUUUGGAUUCAGGCACAGCCCCAGUCUGCCUGCAGGUAAUUUAACUCUUUCUCCUUUCUUUCCAUCACUAGGCUAACUUUCUUUUUUUAAAACUUCCUUUCUUUACGUACUUUAAAAAGUAACCAUGGGUUUGUCAUAAUUCUCACUUAAAAAUAAUGCAUAAAUAUAUCUAGCAAAUAAUGUGAUUAAAGAAGAGCUUUUGGGGGUAAAGUUUGACUUGGUUAUGAUAUACUCAAGACUUUCUUGGGAAUUUUGUUUAGCCAUUUAGAUGACUCCAUUUCUUGCAUAUAUGUCUAUAAGUAUUUCAGAGUGUGAAUUUUUUGGCUUUGUUUUUGUUUUGGGUUUGUUUGUUUCUUCCAUUGUGCUACUCUGGCUUAAGCUUUUUCAGGGGUUGGUGUUCCGAAUACACAGUGAGCUCACAGUAUAAAGACAUCAAUUAGGAGUUGACAGGUAUGGAAAACUAGAGUUUUGAAAGGUAAAAUUAGGCUCUAGGUUAUAUAUAUGGUAAAAACUCAACAUAGCAUUCAUUUUACCUUAGUGCUUCUCUCUGUGACUUUAUAAAAGUGAAAGGGAAUAGUAAGACGAAGAUAAUACAAAAAAAUUUAGUUCUUUUAGGAGCAAUGUGAUUUCAGAACUAAUCGUUUUAGCAUUUCUAAGAUACUGGUUCUAACAAGGAGAUGUGAGCAGUUUGAGAUUAUCAGAAAAUCAUGGUUUAAACCUUCAAAAAUUACAGGUUUGAACAGAUAGGAGGACAUUUCUGAAGCACAAGAUGGCUAAGCACGUUAACCAAGGACAUAAAAUGUCAGGGAUAGGACUACAACUCGUCCAUUUUAAUAGCCUUUCUGUUAGGUAAUAAACUAAACUAUCCUCUCCUCUGUCUUUACCCCAGUCUACCUACCCAUUCUUCCUUUCUCCUAUACUUCCUAAAGUUUUAGCUCUGAGCUUUUAUUAUUUUGGGAUAUUGUCAUCUUUCUAAUAGGUAGAAUUUUAGUGAAAGUAAUCAGGACCUUUUCAAGAUAUACUUCUGCAUAAUUUCAUCCUGUGGCUUUGGACGUACUAUCCAAAGAGGCUAUACGUCCAGCAAGUCACUAGUUAGUGAAUAGGAAUUCUUGGCUUGUAAUGCCAUUUCUUGUAGCUGAAGGAAGAUGUGAUAAGUGAUUACCUGUUCUGUGCUUCAGUUGACUCUUAUAAGGACAGUCAUUCCCUUUAAGCAUCUUAAGACAAAAAUAUUUAUCUGUUGAAUUGGAAUUUACUAACAGAGGGAAUUGGAAUUGGAAUUUACUUCCAACUGCACUCAUGCAAGAAUUUGUGAUGUAUACUAAAAAAUAAAAAAAGGCUCAUUCAGGAGAGCCUUGUACUCAGCAAGAGUGGCUAACAUUAGAUAGCAUACAGACUAUGUGAUUGUAUAAGGCAUGGAGAGUUAACCUCCGGUCAGCUGCCUGUUUGAAUACCACUGACUUGUUAAGAAUGAUCUUGCUUUUAGAUUUUACCAUAUUCAAACUUACUAGGUGAGCCUUAUAUAGCAUAUAUACCUGGCUGCUAUUGUGGGGUUUGGGAACAUGAGGGGUGGGGUGAACUGUUGUUGUUUUAGGUUUCAGUCAGACAGACAUCCCUGUGCCUCAGUUCCCAGAAGCACAGCAGGCCUCUAGGAGCAUCCGUGGGAACGGCGCAGUCCUGACAUCACCAACUCUCCUGCUCAGGCUCAUCCCAUAUACAGAGGUCAAAGGGUGGGGUUUGAGAUUGGGGGAAGGAAUGAGAAAGUAGAAGCAAUGUCACUUCAGUGCCACUGUUGACUAGUCUUUGGUGCUUAUGUCAGUAUUUGUUUUAUUUCCUGAUUUUUUAAAGUUGGCAAAACUACAUAUUUUUAUCUUGAUGAAGGCAGUGGGAGGGUGGAACAAAAACAAGCCAUUACUGCUAUUUCUAGUUCAUUACCGGAGACUGUCCCUUAAUAGCUAAUGUAGAAUAAAUUUGAAACAUAGACCUAGAUGACAAAAAGAAUGGGAAUAGAAAUGAAUCUCAGGAUUUGAACAAACAGAAGACGUUUAUGCUGUGUUAAUCCCCAGUUCUACAACUGCUAUUACAUUUGUCAUUCUGUCUCCCCUUUUCCCCUAAUUCUUUUAUGUAUGUAUACAGUUUGAGGAAAUGUGCAUCUGUGGUCAGUCCUUUUUAAAAGACUUAAUGAAUUUAUUACUCUUUUGCAAAAAAUAUACCCACUGCUUAUAUGGGCAUACAAAUGCUACCCUAUUUUAAAUGUAGGUGGCGUAUGUGUUCGUGUUUUAAUGUAUUCAGAGCCAUUGGGCAAUAAGCAGUCCAGAACAUUGAAAACUCAAGCAGGUAAAGCACCUAACACCCUUAGUUUCUAGAAUUACUUUAAAAAACUUUUAUAUUGCUGCAUCUUCCACAGUUCUUUGAGUAGUCUCUGAACUUAAAAUUUGUAGGAGUUGUAGACUACCUAAAUUUUUAAGUUAUGGUAUUUGUUCAUAGAUUGUAGGGGUAGGUAAAGAAGGAAACAGAUAAGAAAAUGGCUUCUUGAGGUGGCAGCUGCUGAGUGGCUAAAUCUUACAACUUUCUACUUUUUUUGGAAAUUUUCCCAGCUUAGCAUCAACAUGGAUCAUACAGUGUUUGAUUUUAUGUGAUUGAGAUUUUUGUUUUUUAUUUUUGGAGGGAAGGUCUUGGAGAAACAUUAAAAAGUUGGUGUAUGUGCAAAAAUACGAAAUGUUAAAGGAAUUUUUUCUUAUUUAAUCUGAAUGGUAAGCAAGAACUUUUUCUAUAUACCCUUCUGCUGCAGCAGACAACUAAACUGGUAGGUGGCAGCAGAGGAAGGAAUUCUUCAGAUUGAUGGCUACUGACUUAAAGUCUGCAUAGGAGAAGAGAUAGAGCAUGACAUACCAAGUGAAGCAAGGGGGACAAAAAUGGAAACAGGACUAAGAUUCCUGCAUUUUGACUCUAAAUGGUUCUUUUGAAGUAACCAGUGAUCUUUUUUGCUUACCCUCAUCAACAGAAUGGAUGAAGAUAGAUUUGACUGUGUGCUUUUUCAAGUGGAGAAUAUGAAUAUACAGAACAAGAAAGUAAUAACUCCAACCUGUUUGAUUCCGUCUGUUUUCUAAAUAAAGACAUCAUGCACUGGAAAUAA